AUGUCCGAUUCGGGCGGCGGCGGCGGCGGCGGAGGGGAGGACGGCGGCGGCCUGGAAGCGGCCGGCUCGACGGUGCAAAAUGUGGCGGACGUGUCUGUGCUGCAGAAGCACCUGCGGAAGCUGGUGCCUCUUCUGCUGGAAGACGGUGGGGAGGCCCCGGCCGCCCUCGAAGCGGCGCUGGAGGAGAAGGGCGCCGUGGAACAGAUGCGGAAGUUCCUCUCGGACCCGCAAAUCCACGCAGUGCUGGUGGAGCGCUCCACCCUCAAGGAGGAUGUUGGUGAUGAAGGAGAGGAAGAAAAAGAAUUUAUUUCUUAUGGAAUAAGCACUGAUAUUCAUUAUGGUAUAAAAUCAAACAGUUUGGCUUUUAUUAAGCGAGCACCAGUAAUUGAUGCAGACAAGCCUGUGUCAUCCCAGCUCAGAGUUCUCACUCUCAGUGAAGAUUCUCCUUAUGAAACGUUGCAUUCCUUCAUUAGCAAUGCUGUUGCUCCGUUCUUUAAGUCCUACAUCAGAGAAUCCGGCAAGGCAGACAGGGAUGGGGAUAAAAUGGCUCCCUCAGUUGAGAAAAAAAUUGCAGAACUUGAAAUGGGACUUCUGCAUUUGCAGCAGAAUAUUGAAAUACCAGAGAUUAGUUUACCAAUUCAUCCAAUUAUCACUAAUGUUGCUAAGCAGUGCUAUGAACGUGGAGAAAAGCCAAAGGUUACAGAUUUUGGUGAUAAAGUUGAAGACCCAACUUUUCUCAACCAACUACAAUCUGGAGUUAACCGCUGGAUUAGAGAAAUCCAAAAG